AGAAGGUGUGAAUGAGUGAGUGUUUGGAUAUUUUUGUUUUGAUUCAUUAACUGGAUCAGAAGAGGGCGGUAAUGCACCAAGUUGUGGAUGCCAACCGCCGUAAAACCCCAAGAAGAAGAAGAAGAAGAAGACCAUUUCGGCUGAGUGAGAGAAGAAACAAGUUUGGAGCGGCAAAAUGGCGAAGUUUCAGGCGCUGGACCCGUUCGACUUCACCAAGCCCGCGGCAUGGCCGGCCUGGAGACAGCGUUUCUCUCGUUUUCGGAUUGCAUCAAAACUCAACCUAGAAGACGACAAUGUGCAAGUAAACGUUCUACUGUGUGCUAUGGGCAAAGAUGCAGUACCGAUAUUCAACACGUUCACGUUCGGAGACUAUGAGGAUGAUUACUACAAUAAGGUAAUUAACAAGUUCGACGUGCAUUUUGUGCCGAAGCGGAACACCAUCUACGAACGUGCGUGUUUCCACAGACGUUCCCAGCUACAGGGGGAGAGUGUAGAGGCGUUCGUGAGACGUCUUUAUGAACUGGCUGAAUAUUGUGACUUUGGAAUAGCAAAGGAUGAACACAUAAGAGAUCGCAUCGUCGUUGGAAUACUCGAUAGCGAAUUGUCGCAGAAGCUUCAACUGGAAUCGGAUUUAACUCUGGAAAAAGCAAUCAGCAUGACUCGUCAAUCCACCCCCCCCUCAACCCCCAAUAAAAAAAAACUCGUAGACAGCCGUAACAUGGGUCUGCUAACUGCCGCAGUCGUUGGUACACUUGGUGCUGGUGGUGCCGUGGUCGCUGCCCCUUUCGUUCUGGGGGCUGCUGGCUUCACCGCGGCCGGAAUCACCGCUGGGUCAUGGGCUGCAGGCAUGAUGUCAGCAGCUGCCGUAGCGAACGGAGGGGCGGUGGCAGCGGGCUCCACAGUGGCCGUGUUGCAGUCACUAGGUGCGGCUGGUCUGGGAACAGCUGCUACUGCUGCAGUUGCUAGUGUUGGGGGAGCAGCUGCACUGGCUCUGAAAGGAGCUAUAAAUGGUAUAAAAUCACUUGUACAAACAAACAAUGUUGAUUAAGCUUUACUUAUUUGUAUUAGGCUAAACAGCAUUGCAUUUUUUUGGGUGAAUUGUGUACAAGUAAUUCAUCAAGUUUCCCCAUGUGCAUUAACAAUCCUUGAUAACAGAAUGGAGUGAGUGACUAUCAUUUUAUGUGUCAGUUGACCUUGUUAAACAGAAUUGCUUGAUGCUAACAAGAUUAAUGUAGCCAUCUAAACUAAAUCCCAUUUAAAAAAAACAACACCACAACAAUGGACAACACAUUAAGAGAGAGAGAGGGUGGAAGAUGGCAGAGGAUGAUUUGUCAGAUGUUGUAGGUGGUCCUGAAGAGGCUAGGGGCGGCGAUGGCGAAGGCUCUGUCCCCCAGGGUGCGGUACUGGGUCCUGUUGGUUGGGGUGAGAAGGUUGGCAUCAGCGGCGAGUGGGGGAGUGGCGAAUGGCGAUGGAGGAGAUCUGUUAUGUACGAGGGCGCAAAGUUGUUUAGCGCUUUGAAGGUGGUGGGGAGGAUCUUGAAAUUGAUGCGUUGUUUUAUGGGAAGCCAAUGAAGUUGACGGAGGAUGGGAGUGAUGUGUUCUCUGGAGGGGGGAGUGAGUAAGUAGUCGGGCAGCAGAGUUUUGUACACAUUGCAGUUUUUGAAGAAUAGGGGAGGGGAGGCCAUACAGAAUGCUAUUCCAAUAGUCGAGUCUACAGGUGAUGAAGGCGUGGAUUAGUGUUCCGGCAGCUGAGGAUGUGAGAGUGGGUCGAAGGCGUGCAAUGUUGCGGAGGUGGAAGAAGGAUGUUUUUCUGACAUUGUUUAUGUGGGACUUGAAGGAGAGCGUGGGGUCCAUGAUGAUGCUGAGGUUUCUGACCUGGGGGGAGGGAGUGACAGAGUGACCAUCGAUGCAAAGUGAGAAGUUCUGGGAGGUGGGGAGGAUGGAUUUUGGGCCAAAGAUGAUCAUUUCAGUUUUAUUGCCGUUGAGUUUGAGGAAGUUGUGGUUCAUCCAGGUUUUGAUGUCAGUGAGACAGUUGGUGAGUGGAGAGGAUGGCAGGAGUAAUGGCUGUGGUGGUGGUGAUGUACAGUUGGGUAUCGUUGGCGUUACAUUGAAAUUGAAGACCUUGGGAGGCGGAUGAUGUGACCUAGUGGGAGCAUGUAGAGGAUGAAGAGGAUUGGGCCAAGCACUGAGCCUUGGGGGACUCCGUGUGAGACAGGGAUGGUGUGGGACUUGUGUUUGUUGAUGGAGAUGUAUUGGAAUCUUUCAGACAGUUAGGAGGUGAACCAGGAGAGGGCAAGGAGUCAGUAAUGCCAAUGGAUUGCAGACGGCUGAGGAGGAUGGAGUGAUUGACGGUGUCAAAGGCAGCACUGAGGUUGAGGAGGAGGAGAAUAGUGAGGGAGCCGGAGUCAGAGGAGAGUAAGAAGUCGUUGGGGACUUCAGUACUGUGGUGGGAACGGAAGCCGGAUUGGAAUGUUUCGUACAGGUUAUUGGAGAGGAGGUAUCGCUUGAGUUGUGUUGCGACGCCUCUUUCCAGUCAUUUUGAGAGGAAUGUGAGGUUGGAGAUGGGUAUGAAGUUGUUGGUGUCGUCUGAGUCAAGGCCAGGUUUUUUAAGGAGGGGGUGAUGGCGGCAAGCUUAAGAGGUGGGGGAACGGUGCCAACAUUUAGGGAGGAGUUGAUGGUGUCUGUGGGGCAAGAGAGGUGAAACAGGCUUUGACAAGUUCAGAGGGCAUGGGGUCCAGGGGGGGAGGUGGAGGAUUUCAUGGUGGCGAGUAUUUGAGAGGUCUGCUAUGGUUAUGGACGAGAAGAUGGAAAGUCGGUGGUCAUGCAAUUUUAAAAGGUUAAAUACCAGGCCUUAAUGAAGUUAGGCGUAUAGUGGCUCAAUUUCUGAGUUGUCUUGAACACAGUAAGAGUAGAGCUGGAUAGUUAGAUCCCCUUUGCUAUAAUGCUGUAACAAAGACAAUGCUACACACCACCUAGGUGACUUCUGGGCACCUCCAGGUAAGGGCACAGGAUUAUGAUUUAAAACCGGUUUAUUGUAACAGUUUGCAGACAAUGAUACCGGACCUACUGUUCCGUGUCGCCAUGUAGGAGACCUCAACAAUGGCUCAGAGUGUGUGUGUCGAUGGCUGGUUUGGCUGGUUUAACAUGGGCACACUGAUUGCUCAAUGCGCAACAGGUGUGCAGGGCUCACCUGCCCCAGAGUCUAAUCAUACUGACUCAAGACAUCAUCCUCACAUACCCCAUCCUCACACACCACAAAUGCAUUUUA